CCCUUCUCCGCGGAGCCGGCAGGGAGCGUGUAAUGCAAUGAGAGGUUGCAAACUGCAGGUGCAAGCGAGGCUCGAAGUGCUGUGGCGCCUCGGCUCUUGCACGGACGUUGCAGUGGCGGGUAUAGGGAGGCAGCCUCGGCAACAAGCGACCUCCGGAGGCUUUCCCCACGAGGGAAUUGAAGCGGAGCAUGUCGGUGGCUACCGGGGGUAGUGAACCGGCGGCCGCUGCCACUGGUGGAGGCGGUGGGAACCGGGUUUUUUUCCAGAGUCCCCGCGGCGGCGGCGGCGGCUCUUCCCGGGAAGAUUCGGUCGCCCCGGCGGCGGCGGUGGUGCAAGUUCAGCAGCAACAGCGGCGCCAUCAGCAGGGCAAAGUGACAGUCAAAUACGAUCGCAAAGAGCUGCGGAAAAGGCUGGUGCUGGAGGAGUGGAUCGUGGAGCAGCUCGGGCAGCUCUACGGCUGCGAGGAAGAGGAAAUGCCAGAUGUAGAGAUUGAUAUUGAUGAUCUUCUUGAUGCUGCUGAUGAAGAAGAGAGAGCGCUCAAAUUGCAAGAAGCGCUUGUAGAUUGCUACAAACCCACAGAGGAUUUUAUCAAAGAACUGCUGUCUCGGAUAAGAGGAAUGAGGAAACUGAGCCCUCCUCAAAAGAAGAGUAUAUAACUGGAGCGGGAGCCGUCCUGAGAGACAUGACCAUGAAACUGGGACUUUUGAAUAGAACACAUUCUAGCUUGAUCUUUAUGGGCAAUUUUAUUUUUAUUUUUCUGUUUCAUUUCUGACAUUUAAUGAAUUUGAUUGUGUUUUUAAAGAUUUUUUAAAGUGUCAGGGUUUUUUUUUUUUAAUCAUGGAUUAGCAACGUCAUGGAUGCUGCUUUUACUACCUGAGGAUGAUCAAAGUAAGGGUGUAGAAACUGCCAAAUUAGAGACAAUGUAAGAUUCCCAGGCGGUAAUUCUACUUGAUGGAGUGUGUGUAGAACUACUUGGAGAUUAUUUUUUUUUUACAGAACUACUUGGAUCACUUAAGUUGUACAUCUAACUCAUGAAUAUCAAGAUUCUUGUGCUUAUGUACAUAAAUUAUCAAGUGAGUUACCAUUGCUUCACAUGGGUGGAAGGGAUAUGUGGUCUAGUCAGCCAUUUAAAUUAAAGUUGUAGCAGAUGUGGGGGUGGGGGAGGGAUGCAGUUUGUUAAAGUGAAUGGUGCCACUGUUUCUAAAUGCAUUUAAAGCACUGGGGUGAAUGCUUUAAUUCACAAAGUAACAUAUGAGCAAGCUGGGGGAUUUUAAGGGCUUAAUUUUGUAGGCUUUGAACUUACUUUAUUGACUUUGAUGCUUAGCCAGAUCAUCUCCUCUUCACCUCAUGGUCCGUUAGGAUAGGAUUAAUUGACUGCCUACGGGUCUGAUGCGACAAUGGAUGGUUGGUGCUGUUUAAGGGGGAGUUUCUUGCAGGGGGAAAUGCAAGUGCAGGCAACCCAAAUGUAUGCUUGGCCCACUGCAGCUCCUCAUCACUCUUCUUUAACCACCAGUGUUAGAUCCCUUCUCUGGUUUUGACAUCAGCCCCAGGUGGGGUGGGAACUUCUUAGUUAUUGAAAGCAGGAUCCCCUAACUCUUCAGGAAAACAUUUCACAAGCUACCAUCUGCUGGUAGAUGCUAGUCUGGCAUUUUAUAUCAAGGGUGCUCUGAACAUAAUUUUAUUUUUUAAAAGACAAAAUACAUGUUUGUGAAUUUUAUGUAUACUGGCAAGCUUUUAAAAAUGUAUUUAAUUUUGUAAUGUUUUAUCAGUGACUUUAUUUACCAGAUAUUUACUCAAAUAAAUGCAACAACUUGUG